AUGUCGACCAUGCCAUCAGUCCAUACAUCAAGUGUACCUGAAAAUCAAAGUCCCAUCAAAUGUAAUAAUCAGGACGGCGUUUCCGAAAUCGUAGUGGGUGACUGUAAAGACUGUAUUUAUAGCACUGUGUACAAAGAGAAUGAAGAGACUGGAGACACAAAAUUAUCUUUACAAACAUCUGGUUCUGAGGCCAGCAAUGCGUUAGGCCUUUGUACUAAUAAGGAUAAAACAACAUUUAUAAAUGAUUGCCCUGACCAACAAAAUGAAAUUUUCAUCAAAUCCCCACAAAGGCUCCAAGUCAAUGGAUCAGGAAAAUGCAGUUAUAAUUAUUUCAGAGAUGGGAAUAACUGUAAAGAAUGUCCACCCGGAUACCAUGGAUAUAAUUGUUCUCAAACUUGUCCUAAGCAAACUUUUGGAACCUUAUGUAGUCUGAAUUGCAGUAAAUGUACAAUCUGUAAUCAUGUAUAUGGUUGUACAUUAUCAACAGAGCAUAUACAAUCAGAUGUCUCUAGAAAAAGAAGUUUUAGCAUUAGACCUGCAACUGCUAUCAUGGCGUCCAGGCCAUCAAAAAAUUCAUCAGAUAUGUUUGAAAUUGAAAGCUCGAGUUUGAUAUCUUUAAACGGUAACAAGACUCUUUCUAAGUCUAACAUUGCAAUAAUUAUCUAUACAACCGGAUCAUUUAUAUCUCUUGUAAUUCUACUGAUCAUUGUAAGAGAAAUACGCAACUUUUGCAAGAUACUAUUUCCUCCCGCAAAUAAAAACAUGCCACAAAACAUUGAUGUCGUAGACAACAUAUAUUCAGAAGUUUCUGACGUCAUUGAUUGUGUCAUUUCACGUAAAGAUAUUGCCUCAUAUAUGAUAAACGUAAAUAGUAAUGAUCAGGAUGAAGUUUCCGAAAUCUUAGAGGGGGACUGUACAGACUGUAUUGAUAGCACUGUGUGUAGAAAGAUGGAAGAGACUGGCGAACCAAAAUUAUCUUUACAAACAUCAAGGUAUGAGGCUAGCAAUACUUUAGGCCGUUGUGCUAUUAAGGAUAAAAUAACAUUAAUAAAUGAUUGCCCUGAUCAACAAAAUGAAAAUGUUCACCAAAUCUCCACAAAGGAAAACAAGGAAGAAAUCUUUUCACCAGAGACUCUGCAGAGCUCCACAGAAUUUAACGGAAGAGAGACAGUUGAAAAAAUGAGCGACACCAGUCAAAAUACUAAUGUUGAUUUAGCCCAAUUUGCCCAAUUUGCCUUGGUAAAUGAAACAACAGAAACGACAUCCUUUUAAUGUUAAAUUUUUCCAAUCUAUUGACAUGUCAUUAUAUCUCUAGCUGAAAUGAAUUUAUUAUGUCAUUUUAACUUUUUGUAUUAUUCUCUGCGAGUAGAGGGAUGAAAUUUCAUGUCUAAUGUGAGAACGCUAAAUUUAAUCUCUAUUUUAAAUUUCAAUAUUUAUGGUAAUGGCAUUUUCCAAAAUAUAACUUUGAAAUAA